UCUGCGACGCAAUUUUGCACGAAACACUAUGUCAAGUUCCGAUGAAGAUUGGUUCGAUCAGGAUGAGGAAAAAUUGUUGCAGGGUCUGGAGAAAAAGGUGAAGUCCCUGGAAUUUAAGAAAAAUGAGGAGCACAUUAAAUACACCCCUCCUGCGGGACAUUACUUAAAGCAACUCAACUUGGAGGCCACUUCUGUGGAUGCCGGAAGCGACGGUAAGGCAGCUGGUCGAUUUUCCCUUUCCGAUUUAACUAGGGCUCAAAAACUGCCACCCGUUGACAUGUUCCUGUACUUCUUGUCUGAGGAGCGAGAUCUUUUUGUAAAUCAAUUGCUGGCCAAUGAUAGUGUUAAACGUGUCGGCCUGUUCGUGGAUAUCUUGAAAUCCCUCUGUCAACUUGAGUUAGGCGGAUUUGAUGAAGAGUUCCUGUCGGCUUUUAGCCGACAAUCUGUGCUUCUGGACAAGAUAAAAAAUCUAUUGCUGGCUAAGGCUUCUGUGGGUAAAUGCGAUGACGAUUCAGCACUGAUAUUGACUCACAUUAAGUGGCUACUUUUACGAGCCCAUAAGCUUGGAGUACUUGGUGGUCAGGGUUACGAAUUGGUUGAGUUAUACAAAAAACUGGCUGCUUCCUUUAAAAGCGACUUGAUUGAUGGCCUGGAAGUAUUUACCAGGAAUGUUUCACAACAUGUCAAGGGACAAAUCUAUCCAACGCUGGACAAGUUAUUGGGCAAGAAAGACACAACGGAAUCCUCUGAGGACGAACUCCCUGUAUCCAAUAAAGUGGUCCAAUACCUGAACACUCAGCGAAAAUUACUGUGCGAUGAUUUUUCAGUUCCCUUAUACGAGUUUGUGCAGCAACUGCGUGUUGGAUCAGAUCUGAAAGAUCUGGAACAACAGCGACUUCUGUGGUAUAAUACGUACUUAGCUUUAAAUCCGCAGUUUGCCGAGGCCCAGCGCCACAGCCUAGUUUUCCUUAAAGUGAAAUUCAAUGAAGGAAAAUCGAGCAAAGGAGUCAACAAUGGGUUGGCCGACAUAAAAUCAGGAGCAUUGUUGUGCCUUACAACGAGUUUGGCCUUUGAUGAUCUUAUUCUGGCCGCCGUUGGUUACACUGAGCCGGAAAAACUUAAAGAGGGUUGUUUAAGUGUACAGAUUGUCAAACAAUAUAAUAUUGGAAGCAUCUACGACCGACCAUUGAUAAUGUUCCAGACGCCUGUGUUUUUCGAACCGUAUCUUAGGGUUCACAACUACCUUAGUACCUGCAGCGCGGAUCAGUUCCCCAUGCGUCGCUAUAUUAUAGAUGGAAAAUUGGAGAUACCAUUGCCGGCGUAUAGAGAACCAAAAGUAAAUCUGAGUCAUAAUGGCAAGACGUUUACGAUGGACAAACUGCCUGAAGAUCUACCUCUUAAUGAGAGUCAGAGGAAAGCUUUCAAGGAGGCCUAUAGCAGAGAGUUCAGCAUAAUUCAAGGACCUCCAGGCACGGGCAAAACGCACCUUUCAGUCGAAUUGGUUAAAAGCUUGAUCCAGAACGCCAAAGUUCUAGGCACUGGUCCAAUCAUUGUGCUGACCUAUACCAACGACUCGCUGGACAAAUUCCUCGUGAAGGUGUCGCAAUACACCGAAGAAAUACUUCGCUUCGGAUGUCAGACCCGAAAUCCACAAAUAGCCAAGUUCAAUGUGAGAACCAUGAUUAAUCCGGAUUUAGUCCCAGCUCGCUUAAAGCGGAUUUGGUGGCUGGUAAACUGUGAAUACAAGAAAAAGUUUCAGAACUUGCAAACCCUGUACGCAAACUUUGAUGGCAGCGAAGAGAGCUACCAGCAGACUCUGGCAGCGCAAGAACAAGUGCACCAAGUGGCUGAGCGGAUCGACACGCUUCGUAUGGUUUUCCAGUUCUUUCUGGCAAAGGACAAGGAUCUGCUCGCCAUGACCACUACGUGUGCGGCUCGCCUGAACUUUCUGUUCCGAUUACUGCAAUCAAAGUGCGUUAUCUUUGAGGAAGCAGCCGAAAUUCAAGAGGCACACAUCGUGGCGUGCCUUACGCCGCACACGGAACAUGUCAUCCUCGUCGGUGAUCACAAGCAGCUUCAACCGAUCACCGGCAGCAGUAAAGUGCCACAAGUCUCCCUUUUCGAACGCCUUAUCGUGGCUGGUUUGCCCUUCUCAUUUCUUAAUCUUCAGUAUCGCAUGCGUCCCUGCAUUUCAAAGCUACUGGUGCCAAGCAUUUAUAAUGAAUUGCAGUGUUCAGACUCUGUAAAAGAAUACGAAGACAUCCGCCUUGUGGACAGAAACUUGUUUCUUGUGCAACACGACCAACCAGAGCAGCGCGCCGCUGACAUGUCCUUUGAGAAUCCCUACGAAGCUGACAUGUUAGCAAACUUAGCUGAGUUUCUCAUUAAUAAGGCUAAAUAUGAGCAUAGUGAUAUUGUGAUACUUUCACCUUACAAUGCGCAAAUAGAGUGCAUUAAGAAAGCGCUUCCCCGAAAAUAUCGGGUAAAGGUGGCAAGUGUGGAUAGUUUCCAAGGCCUGGAGGCCAAUAUUGUCCUGCUUUCGCUAGUACGUAGCAAUCCGUCCGGCCAAAUUGGAUUUCUGCGUCUUCAAAAUCGGGUGUGUGUGGCCCUAUCUCGUGCCCGUUGGGGUCUGUACAUCAUUGGGAAUCUAGAGAUGUUGAAGAAAUCCUACCCAAAGCUUUGGUGUCCCAUUGCCAAGCGUUUGGAAGAUAACUGCGCCGUUGGCGAGAUUUUUCCCACUAAUAAUUAAAUGUGUAAAUACAUUUGAUUCUCUUUUGACUUUA